AUGAAGGUUCUGUUGCUGAAGGAUCCCAAAGACAAGGAAUCAGGACCAGAUCCGUAUGUUACCGAAUUCGGAUUAUACGGAUUUGAAGCAACUCUAAUUCCAGUUUUGUCAUUUGAAUUCGUAUCUCUUGAAAGCUUAUUUGAAAAGCUCUCUCAUCCAGAACGUUAUGGGGGCCUAGUUUUUACCAGUCCAAGAGCAUUAGAAGCCAUCAAGAUAUGUUUAAAAGAGAAUAGUAAAAAUGAAGCCUGGUCGAAAUCUCUUCAACAAAGAUGGAAUACCAAACCAGCAUACGUGGUAGGAAAAGCAACAGCUUCUCUAGUGGAAGAAAUUGGCCUUGCUCCACAAGGAGAAAAGUGUGGAAAUGCUGAAAAAUUAGCUGAAUAUAUUUGCUCAAGAGAGAAACCGAAUUCCUCAGCUCUUCUUUUUCCUUGCGGAGCCCUGAAAAGAGAAGUGCUUCCUACAGUACUUGGAGAAAAAGGUAUACCUCUGGAAGGCCUCACUGUUUAUCAAACAACCCAACACACCGACCUGCAAGAAUCAUUGACCAGUUAUUUCUCCCAACAGGGAAUUCCAGCAAGCAUCGUGUUCUUCAGUCCAUCUGGUGUCAAAUUUUGCCUGCAGCACAUUCAGAAGCUUGUGGGAGAUUUUAUCAACCACGUCAAGUUUGCUGCCAUCGGCCCAACAACUGCAGAAGCAGGAAUCCCAGUGAGCUGUACUGCAGAGAGUCCGACGCCCCAGGACCUCGCCGCUGGGAUCCAAAAAGCACUGCCCCUGCAGAACUGCUGUUUAUCCAAGUGA